GAAAGCUCCACAAAUUGUAAAGCCCAGUGGCUGGUCUGGGCUCCUGUAUAAAUAGCCAAACCUACCUGUGCUGCGGUGGAGGCAGCUAGGAGCUGGGAGCUCGCAACUCGAUCAGGCUCGCCUCUGGGACAGUGCUGGGUCUAUACACACAGAGCGAGGUGCCUGUCCAGCUGGAGCCAUGAGGGUCCACAACCUCACCUUGCUCUCACUCCUCCUCCUGGCCUCUCAGGUGCUCACACAAAAGGUCAAAAAUGAAGCAAAGCACAGACAGAUCAGCACAGCAGAUGGGGACUCAUCAGUUCUGGACAAGGCCCAGAGUAAGCAGAGAAGCAGGACGUCCAUCACCAAUGGCAAGUUUGUCAGCAGAGACCAAGGAGCCAGCUGCACGUGGACCACGGCUGCACAGGAGCCGGGAGUCGCCCUGAGGGUUGAAUGCACACAGGCACAGCACAGGCUUUCCUGUGUCUUCGCUGGCAACCCAACUGAGUGCCUGAAGCACCACAGCGAGAAGAUCUACUGGAAACAAAUCACCCGGAUGCUGCACAGACAGAAGAACAUCUGCCGGGACUCAAAGAGUGUCCUGAAGACCAAAGUGUGCAGAAAGAAGUUUCCAGAAUCUAAUCUCAAGCUGGCGAACUCCACUGUGCUGGAGGAUAUGAAGGUCAGGAAGGUGGAAUCAAAGCUCUUCCCCUUGGAGCAUCCCAACAUCAAAGAGGCUUCCUCCAAAGAGCCCCACCAGGCCAUAGAAGAGGUCUCCUCUACCCCAGCAGUGACCAAGACAGACCCCGAGUGUCUGGAUGACCCAGAUGUGGAGACGCAGAGAAAGACGGCCCUGGAGUUCUGUGGGGAGUCCUGGAGCUCCCUCUGCACCUUCUUCCUCAGCAUGUUUCAGGCCACCUACUGCUAGGGAGGCUGAACGGAACAGAUAGUCACCCUAAGUGAAGCAACAUGGGGUGCCCAUCCAUCUAAGGGGAAGCUCUGCAAGUUCCGCACAAGAAGAGACCUUGUGUCUCAGCGUUCAGUUAAAUAUUUAAACAGAUUUUAUAAUUUUUCUGUUCUCUAAUUUACUUUCUCCUCACCACCUGAGAUGUGAUUCUCAGAGAGUGUGGGCUAAGUUUUCAAAGCCCACAACGCUCUGAGCUUGUGAGCAAUGGAGAUCUGUCCUCCAGGUAAAAAGCCAGCUUGGUGAUUUCAGUGCAAAGUAUUUUCUCUUGACUUAACAAGGAUAAUAAAGCUCUGGCCAUUUUCUGAAAUAUA